GCCGCCAUGGCAUUCUUGAUUCUUGCAUCAACCACCACCAGGCAACUCCGCUCAAUCUACACCUAGCUAGUCGCGAUCAUCAGCAGCACGUCAGGUCGUCGAUGGCCUUUCGGGGAGGGAGACCGGCGUUCACCGCGCUGCUGCUCCUCCCCAUCCUCGCGGCGGCGGCGCGGGGCGCCUCGGCGGUGGUGCAGUGCGGCCAGGUGACCCAGCUGAUGGCGCCCUGCAUGCCGUACCUCGCCGGCGCCCCCGGGAUGACGCCCUACGGCCUCUGCUGCAACAGCAUCGGGGUGCUCAACCAGAUGGCCCCGGCCCCCGCCGACCGCGUCGCCAUCUGCAACUGCGUCAAGGCGGCCGCCGGCGGCGGCUUCCCCUCCGUCGACUUCGGCCGCGCCUCCGCCCUCCCCGCCGCCUGCGGCCUCUCCAUCAGCUUCACCAUCGCCCCCAACAUGGACUGCGACCAGGUUACGGAGGAGCUGAGAGCGUGAGCAAAUCCACUUCAGUUUGCGUUUUAUCAUCGUCUAGAUCAAUAAAAUGAGCAAGCUUUGAGACCACGGGCGACCUUUAGAAUCUUGGAUCAUGCAUUCGUGUAUUACAGUUUUUUUUUAGUUUGAUUUCGCACUGUCGUGUGUUAAUUCUGUCCAGUUUUAAGCUGCAAGAUCUUAAAUAACCAGCAUUUGGUUUUUCUGAAUGCUGAUUUAAAGUUUAAUUCGAGGUUUGCUUUCAACUAUCAAA